GUUUCCCUGCCUCCUUCCAGUCUCGGGCUCAGCUCUGCCAUUUCCUCGCCGUGUGCAUCUUCAUGUGCACUGCCCAGCAUGCAGCCAUCAACGAGGGCCAGCUUGACUGGUAUGCCUUGAUCCCUAAUGGCCCGUGCUCAGUGAGGAUGCCCUCACCCACCACCAAGGAAGAUGUGACAAGGCCCACAGUGAUGAGGUCACUCCCUGAUGUCUGGCAGUCCUAUGUUCAAAUGGGCAUCAUGUGGCUUCUGAGCUGGCGGCAGGUGGACAUGUACCCCCUUGAGCAUCAGAAAGAAGAAUAUGUCUUAGGCCCUGAGCCCAAAGCUGUGCUGAGACAAUUUCAAACAGAUCUGGACAACCUGGAAAGGGAAAUCAUGGCCCGAAAUGAGAAGGUAGACCUUCCCUAUGACUAUCUGAAGCCUGGCUGCAUAGAGAACAGUAUCACUCUCUGA